AUUCAAGUCGAACAUGGAUGGAGGUGGGGGUGAUUCGUUUGAUCCCUGUGAGUGUAUAUGUAGCCAUGAAGGAGCAAUGCGAAGGCUUAUUUCUCUGGUAAAUAUAAACAGUAUAUAUAUUUAACAUACAAAUACAAGCCAUUUGAUGUAUGACGCCUAAAAUUCCCACCGGUUCAUCACUUACCUUGCAUGGUCGUUCCACCCUCUGGUCACUAAGAGUGAAUUUUUCCGCUUUUUCGUUGCAGCUGAGGGAUUCGCAAAGCUAUUGCACGGAUAACCAGUGCUUACAAGAACGUAAGUUUUACUGCUUUGUUUCAUUCGGUAGCUUUUGCAACUUUGAAUCGAGUCUUUGCAGCAAGCUAACCUUAUAACUUAAAGCUUACAAUAAUUAUUAGUUAAGUAGUUUGCUCGAGUCCCAAUCAAUGUUUUUCUAGCUUGCAGGUUUUGUUAUCGACCAUAAUCCUCGAGCUGUGCUUUCUUUAUUUUCUUUUUACUUUGAAACAAACUUGGAAACAUAAAUAAACCACCGUAAUCUUAAGCUCAUAUACUAAUUUAACGUUAAAAUCUGACAUUUCUACAAAAAUGAUUUAAGCUAACUUAUUUAAAAACCUUCUCUCAAAAUACGGCUUUCUGGAAAAUUUCGGCAAGGUCGGCAGGUGAUUUCGCCCAAGACUUGUGUUUAUUUUCCUUGUCGAGUAACGUGGUUUUCGUUCCUAUGUAAACCAAUCCUUAUCCAUUAGCGUUUUCAAGUCCGAUAUUAAUUAUUCACAAUUUGACAUUAUGUUUUAAAACUUUAAUGGCAGUUAGGGGUUGGUAGUUAACGUAGCUUUGCCAGGACUCGAGAAUGUUAUGACUCUCGAGUGAGCAAGAUUAUGUAACACUGGGUUAAGUUUAAUUCACCUUACUACAACUAGGACAAGAAAAGUCGUCUUUCCAGAAAUAAAUUCUUGUCCUAGCUAGUUGAAGAAAGUUGACCGAAUCUUAAUAAUAAUAAAUAGCACUUCCCAUAAAAAUGCUCGAUAUUUGCACUUUCUCAGAAGUUCUAAAAACAAUAAACAAGUAAAAAUUAAGAACCUAGUACAAGUCAUGAUUGUGCUUCACAGAAGUUCUACAAAUAGUAAAAAUAAUUCUGAAAUAGGUAUAUUUAUACGAGUAAAAAUUACAUGUAAGAACCUAGUCAUGAAAAAAACUUGGAAAAAUAAAAAUGUUUUCAGUUCCAUUUAAAAGUUGGUAGAUUCAUGAUGGUCGUCCAUAUAUCAUGUGGUAGGCUGUUCCACAACUUUGGCGCAGUGAACAUAAAAGCAUGAUCCCCAAGGGUCUUUGAUGACUUCAUUUGUGGAAAUUAAAGCGGAGUAAGAUUCCAUCACAAGAACUGUAAAGACUGUAAUGUGAAGGUGUUACAACACAAAUAAGAGAAGAGUUGUAAAUCUACUGUAAGAUUUAUUACCUUCCCUUGUAAUCUGUGCAGUCUGUGCUUGAUUUCUAAAUCAGUCAAUUUUUGGUUAAUUUAGCUAGGCAAAGUACGUGUAGUAAAUCAGGUUAGAGUGAAAUACCUCAUCAUACACAUAAAGCAUAUUUUUAUGGUCAUGUAUUCUCUUUUAUUUAUUACUUGAACACAUGGGCAUAGUUGUUGAAGGCUGUUAUUUCUGGCUGAGGGUAAAUGUUUUAUCAGGGUUGCUGUUUUUCUUGUUUGUACAGAGCACAAAGCAUUUUCAUGGUCAGUUUGACUAUAGCCGUUAUCACUAAUGAGAACAUCUGCAAAUGUCAAAUUAAUGUUGCCAAAACGAAUUAUCAAAAAUUUUCUUCAAGCAUUAAGAUUUGAAUUCAAAUUUCCUGCUGACCCAAGAAGGCAAAAUCCUGCUUUCAGCAGCUUAGGCUGGCAGUUUUUCUUUUUCUUCUUCCUCUUUUUUGCCUCAAUUAUAUUUAUGUUGCUAGGACAAAAAAUUGUUUUUCUCAAAAUAUUUUUACACAAUACGCACUUUAACUUGAUGUUAUUGCCAACUAAUUUGAAUCUUGUUAAUUUUCUUUUUGCGUCACUUUGUAUUGCCCAAUAGUCAUAUUUUAUUUUUUCAGAUGUACAAAUUUAGUAUUAUACGUUACAGGUCAAAAUUAUAAAUUCAAGUUAAAGUUUUUUCACUUACAUGUAGGUAGAUUCUCAAUUUCCUUUAUCUCCUUAAGCCCUAAUUUGACAUCAAGAAUAAAUUAGAGCUAGGAGACAAAGUAAUUAUAGCCGGGUGUUUUCGCUUUAUUUUUGGUUAUCGUCAUGCCGAGUCUACAUGUGCAAAGUUUUCUGUCUCGGCUUAUAGCCGAGAUCAGCUUAUAGUUGAAUAAAUACAGUAGGUAAAAAAUUUUAACCUGAAUUCUAUUUUGACUUGUAACGUAUAAUACAUACAUGUAUAUGUUAUACUGUGUAGCUUUUUUAUGUUUUUCUGAGUUAAUGUCUCUUCCACUAUAUUAAUUAUUAUAAUAUACAUGUAAAUCUGCAUGCAAGAAACUAUUAUUCUGAAUCUCAGAGCUAUUGCUCUCAACACUAAUUGGUAUAAAUCUCCUAUAGAACAAUAAGUUAGUGGCAUUUAGUUAAAUAUGUUGGCUUCAGAAAAAUGUGUUGAUUACAGUGGGAUAGAGUCCAACACAGUUACAUGUUAAAGAACUCCUGAGCUGAACUCCAGUACUGUACAGUACAGUGUACGUGUAUGUCCACAUCUGGGCAUCAAGAUCACAUUUUAAUAUAACUGUACCUGCCAACUUUUUCUAUUUCUAUCAUUAUACUUGGCAAAGGUUGCUCAUUGCUCCAUCUUAGUCAAAUGCAUUAUAUUUUUGUCUUGUCAUGACUCAGUUUCCGAAAACAUCCCAGCUACCUUUGUACAUUUCUCAAAAUUUUCAGAAGUCCCAGGACUCACCAAUAGUUUUGAUGAGUCCUCAGGGACUCAUCAUGCAAAAACUCAUGAGUCCCCGUCCAGAUCCAUUGAGUCCCAGUUCAAAAAACAAUGAGUUCCCUAAACUGAAUUUUUUGGGGUGAUUAGAUAACCGUGCAGACAGUUGAUUAAGCUGAAGACAGGCUCCAAAACACUGUAUUGUAAUAAAGACUAAAAGAAAUAUACCUUGUUACACGAGAGCUGCAAAAACAGCCACAGAAAUCACACAAACAGGAUAUUCUACAAAAACAUCUUCAGAUUGAUCAGUCUGCACAUGCCAUGAAUUAUUUUUUGGGACCUUUCAUGUGUCAGGGAUGCAGGACAAAGAGUUACCAAAAUCACUGCGAAGCCUUGCCGAAAAUGUCUGAGGUUUCCCCGAAGACCUUUAACUUAGCACUUCUAAAGCUAUUUCAAGACUUUCAAAGUUAUAUACUCUGUGUGCAGAGAACCCUACGAAUAAAAUUUCCUGCUUUUUGUAAUAAACAUCAUGAAAUGAAGCUCCGAGUCAUAAAGUUGCUCAAUAUAGUGUUAUGAAUCUGAAGAUCUUAAUUAAUACUAUUGUCAUACUUUUAUGACAGUCAUAUGGAAUGGCUUAAAAAUGAGCUUAAAGAUGAAAGAAAUGUUAACUCUUUUAAGUCUACCUUGACUUUGUCUUGAACCGGGGAUUGCUGUGAGGAAGAUGAUGUAGAAUGUUUUUAGUUAUAUACUUUAUUAGGUGUAUGUAAGGUAAUUCUUGUGUACUUUACUCUAGGAUAAUGUCCUUGAGUAUUUAUAUAUAAUUUAUUUAUAUUUAGCAUUCAUGUAGAGCAUUUUUAAUCUUGAUCAAUUUGAUUUUUUUGUUUGAUUUUUAUUUCAAUUAUAAAAUAAUGCAAUAUAAUAUGUGUACCUUCUAGUGCCAGGACCACAGGGUACCAACAACACUGGAGGAGACAGUCAUACCACAUUUUAUAUUAUGAUGGUUUGGAUUGUGAUUGCCUUUGUUCUCUAUCUUCUGAGGUAAAUGUGGUCGUGUUACAAUGCAAGCCUUGAAACAUUAGGGUGUAACUAACACUGGGCAGUAAUACAUGUAUGUCCAUAAAAUAUCAUUGAUAUUUUUAGCUUGAUCCUCUAAACCAUUAGCAAUGGUCUUUAUUUUCUUGUCAAGCACGCAAAUACUUUGUUCCUGUGACCAAAAUUGAGGAGAAAUAUGUACCGCUUUAACCUGUUAAAACCAGGAAACACCCCUGAUUACUGAAAUGUAGUCCUGAUGAUCUGGUGGGGUCAUGCACAACUGGAGCAGCCAAAACUACAUGCAUAAAAUAGAACAGUGCCACACAUGUACAGUAGUCCUUUAUAGUAAUAUUACUUAGUGAAGAGCAUCAAAUUUCUCCUUGUAAUAUCAAUGCUUGUAAAACAGAGUGGUCAUGAGAAUAACAGACAUGAUCACACAAGAUAAGUUUGCUUGACAUUUUAUCAACUUCUCCUCACUACUUCUGUAUGAAAUAAAUAGGGGCAACAACUGAGAAUUCAAAUUUUGAUCUUAGGGUUUAAAGGGUUAAAUAGUCCCAUGGUAUGUCUGCUAAAUAAUGACAUGUUUCUCAACAGACCUCAAAGUAUGAGGCAGGGUGCAGAGAAGCCAAGUCGCAGUGAUGUAAGUACACCCUUUUGGUGGCCUAUAAAACUGGUCAUCGUAGCUUUUACAUGAUUUGUUCAUGUAUUUUAGUUUUGAGCCCUAUUUGCUCCAAUGAUUAACCGAUACUGCCUGUACCCCCUGUUUAUUGUAUGACGUACAUGUAUGGUAUACAGUCCACUGUUGCUUUGAGAAUUUGUUUAAUUGUCAUUGAGUACAUAUUAAUAAAUACAACAUUUUAAUGUUGACUCGAAAUUUUGCUACACAAAACUAUAAAUAGUACAAAAAUAAAUUAUCUCAACAGAGAGCCCAGAUUAUGGCGUACAUUUGCGGACAAAAAUAAUUGAAAAUGAAAUAUAAUUUCAAGUUCAAAAAUUAGACUAUCCAUGUCGAAAUCUCGUCAUAUGAAUUUGAAAUCGCAAUGAACGCAGUCGAAAUAGCAUCAUUCGAACUUGAAGUUACUUUGAACAAGUUGAAACUAUAAAGGGAAAACUCGACAUCGCGGAUGUUGAAGUUCAAAUCACCAUUCCAACUAAAAUGCAAAUUCAUGAUUUGAACUUCAAUUCACCUUCUUCAUUCUAAUAGGCUUCUUAAUCGUCAACAAUGCAACCAUAAUCUUCCACAAAAUUCCAAAUGAAAUCUUUAAUUUGAACUUAACGUCAAGUCACAUAUUCGAAUUCGAAAAGCCAAAAUUUCAAUUCGAAGGGAAGCGGAAGUAAAAAUACACAGGAACCGGAAAUGAUAAGAGUUUCACUACACUGUACGUAUGGGAUGUUUGCAUAACUGCAUUUUGGCCCGAAAAGAUUUCCCUUCACUCAAACUCUCUGGUCAAUAUGGCGGACAAUGUGAAUGAUAAGGGCGACUCUAGGACAAUCCAAGAGAUUGUGAGGGCUGUCGUGGCAAACUUGAGAGUGGUUUUCUGUAAAAUUCGAACUUCGGCCUGACACGUUACCUAGUCGAUUUGGCUGAUUUUUGGCAUGUAGUCUUAGAGUGGUUUCCUAAAUACUUAAUGCAUAUUCUAAGGUUUGAAUUCUCUUUGGUUUCAAAGAUACAGGAAUGACAGGUUUGACGAGGCCUCGAGGGGCCGCCAUGUUGGUGAACUGAAGGAGGUUUACUAUGGUUAAUUCUGGCUUUAUCUGUUCAAAUCAUGCAACUGUAGUUCUGCUCCAUUACAUUUGCCCAAUUAUUUUAUUCAGCAAUCUAACUUAUCUAUAAACAAACUAUGUUUAGUGAAAACGGCUUACUCUAAAUCGAUGUGGCAUGGGUGAUAUUGGCCUUCCAAUUUCUACAAAAUUUGUGUACCUUUUAAGUACCGAAAAAGUGCUGUGAGAAGUUACAGUAUAGCCGUUCAGAGCUCAGGCUAAACUAUUUUCGGAUAGAAAAAAAAAAGGUAAAUGAAAGGAGGAAGGAUAAUUCUUUGCAACUGUAUGAGUCACGAUUACGUUAUUUUAAUGAUGAACCUAGAAUUAAUUAUAGUAAACCUCCUUCAGUUCACCAACAUGGCGGCCCCUCGAGGCCUCGUUAAAACUGUCAUUCCUGUAUCUUUGAAACCAAAGAGAAUUCAAACCUUAGAAUAUGCAUUCAGUAUUUAGGAAACCAUUCUAAGACUACAUGCCAAAAAUUAGCCAAAUCGACCAGGUAACGUGUCGGGCCGAAGUUCGAAUUUUACAGAAAACCACUCUUAAGUUUGCCACGACAGCCCUCACAAUCUCUUGGAUUGUCCUAGAGUCACCCUUAUCAUUCACAUUGUCCGCCAUAUAUUGACCAGAGAGUUUGAGUGAAGGGAAAUCUUUUCGGGCCAAAAUGCAGUUAUGCAAACAUCCCAUAAGUACAGUGUAGCGAAACUCUUAUCAUUUCCGGUUCCUGUGUAUUUUUACUUCCGCUUCCCUUCGAAUUGAAAUUUUGGUUUUUCGAAUUCGAAUAUGUGACUUGACGUUAAGUUCAAAUUAAAGAUUUCAUUAGGAAUUUUGUGGAAGAUUAUGGUUGCUUUGUUGACGUUUAAGAAGCUUAUUGGAGUGGAGAAGGUGAAUUGAAGUUCAAAUCAUGUAAUUUGCAUUUUAGUUGGAAUGGUGAUUUGAACUUCAACAUCCGCGAUGUCGAGUUUUCCCUUUAUAGUUUCAACUUGUUCAAAGUAACUUCAAGUUCGAAUGAUGCUAUUUCGACUGCGUUCAUUGCGAUUUCAAAUUCAUAUGACGAGAUUUCGACAUGGAUAGUCUAAUUUUUGAACUUGAAAUUACAUUUCAUUUUCAAUUAUUUUUGUCCGCUAAUGUACGCCAUACCAGAUCACCAAAAAGUAGUUUUCAGUGGGGUCUUGCCGGGGAAAAUUGAUAAAAAUAAUAAAAUAUUUGUUUACAAAGAGUGGAAGGUCAAAUGCAGUUUCUUGUGUGUGUGUGUGUGUGUUAAAAAGGUCAGAAAAUGUUAAAAUCCAAGAGAAAUAAAUAUUAAAAGUUGCAGUGCAUUUUGCCCACAGCACAACCAAUCAAAAAUACUACCCAGAUCUGGGUCCAUCAUCUGUAUGGAAUUUGUACACUCAUUCCUCAAAUUUAAUGUCAUUUCAUUGCCAGUGCUGGCAUCACAAAGUGUUAAAUUACUGUUUCUGAGGCCAUGAAACCCAGCAUUAUUUUAUCAUUCUACAGAUAAUACAUGUAAAUGGAGCUGCUUUUAUUUAAUUUUCAGAGAGGACCAGGCCCACAACCUCCUGCCCCUCCUGUUCAUUAGGAUACACAUUUCAAGGUGUUAUAAUAAUAUUAUUUAAUAAACAACUGUAGAAUAUUAACUCAAAAUAUUAAUGGCAGUACAUGUACAGUAGAACUUAGAAAGAGUUAUCACUGUGAGUAAUGUUGAUGUACUGUAACUGGUUAAAAAUUAUUUUGUUUCCAAUGAGUAGUUAUAAGGAGAAUGUGCUCUCAUGGGAUUUGUAGACUAGUAAGCUUAAAGUAUUAUUUAAGCAAAAGAAAGUUUUUCUAAGCAUGAUUUUUGUACAGACUUACAAAUGUUACUUGCGUUAAAUUGAUACUUAAUUCUGUUCUUGUAUACUAGUCAGUCUAUUAUCUUAAUAGUAAACUUCCUUUUUUUUCUGUUUGAAAACUUUUUGAAUACUUCCAAAGUGUUCCCAGUGAAGGAUGUUCUGCAUAAUUGCAAAUCACAACACAAGAUUGGAAAAGUCAAUGCCAACAAUUUAGUGGAUAACACAGUCAAUGAAUGUACAUAGCAAUAAUGUGCUUUAUAAGUAAGGUGGAAUAUUGUUGUCUGGGUGAAUGUAGUCCCGAACAGGACUGUCAUUUUUUCAGUGACUGUAGUUUUGACAACUUUGCUGGAAUGCAUGAUUAUCCAGGCAUAUAUUUCACUUACUUGCUUUGUUUAUGUGACUCCUGGUUUCAAUCAUUAUAAUCAUGUAUUUUAUAUAUAGUUGUAUUUUGAUAAAAUAGUCAUAUUGAGGGUGUAGAUCAAAAAAAGCAAAUAUAGUAAUAAUUAUUGUCAGUUUACUUGAAUUUAGUGACAAUGUUAUUAAAGGCUUUGUAAUUUUAUUGAAACAUCAUUAAUGUAGCUAUAAGUGCAGGGAGUUUUUCUAGAACACUUUUUAUUUGUGUGUGACAAUCAUGACAAGACUCACUUUUUUUUUAUCUUCAAAUGAUUUGAUACUACUAUACUUUGGUCCUUUAUUAGACUUCAAAACAAUUCGUAUUUUUGCUUGUUCAAGUACAUGGGAACAGGCAAACAAAAGGUCAGCUGGAGCAAGGCCGAAAGCGGAUAGUUUUUUUGGGCAUGUGAGUCUUGCUUGCCUUGGCCAUAUGAGUCUCUGACACCACAGUCUCAAACGAUUUUGAAGUCUAGUAUUUUAUCAAAAGGUCAGUUUAAAGGGAGGUGAAUUUUGGCUGAGAUUUUUCUUCAAACAAAAUUAUGGUCAUGCAUGUCCCACAAAGUUUACAGUGUUUUCCUCUGCUGUACUAUUGCAUAAGUUCACUAUUCUAUGUUGUGGUAUAAGGAUAAUUUUAAAUGAAACACAACAGGAGUUUCCUGGGAAGUUAUAAAGUAUGAGUGUUUGUCUUCUUGUAUUGACAAAAUUGUUAAUACAUUGUAUAACCUUUAACGAAAUGUUUACAUUUUGUUUGUAUCUCAAAUGUGGACCAUAAUUAGCAGAUGUCAUUUAUUUCCCACACACAAGCCUCAGAAAGUUUCAAUUAAAAACAAUGUUCUCUUCUUGUAACUGCAUGUCCUGUAUAGUUAAACCUCUCUAUCAUCCAAACAUCUCUAUUGACUAGACCUUUUUAGCAAGGAUUUCAUUUAAUGUCCAUUCCAUUUAAGCUAUAGUGUCCAUUUAAUGCAAGUUUCACUUGUUUAUGUACUUGGGAAUUUAGUUACUAGGAAUAAGUUACCAUUGCAGGUCUGUGGUAAGGCUUGGUAGAUGUAGCAGCAGUUCAUUUAAUCAUAACAGUAACAAAAUUCUCAAAUCUGAUUGGUUAUCAACUGUCCUGAUUUCAGCACUAAUGAGACAUUGUAAUAGGACAGUACGUGUCAUACUUAAGUAAUUCAAUUUCACUGCCAGCAAGAAAACUCUUAGAAUAUAUAGUUUGUUAAGUUUUAAAAAGCCUGAAAAAUCACAAAUUUUGCUUUAAUUGGUAACUUCGUGUCAUCCAAUUUGGUCUGUAAUCAUACUCGUGAUAAAGCAAAUCUGACCUUCCGCCAUUUGGUCAUCCAAUUUUGUUAAUCACUCGUUAGCCUGAAUUUCAUCCGAUUACUUCGAGUCGUUAUUACUCCCUCAGUAAGAGGAGAAAACAACUCGAAGCAAUCGGAUGAAUUUCAGGCUAAUCACUCGUAUGAUUACAGUCCAAAUUGGACUCCACUUAGUCCAUUCUCAUCCCCAGAGCCACUCGGCUUAAUUUGUAACGAACCAGUGUACGUGACCAAGAAACGACAGGCUCUGGGGACGAGAAUGCACUCAGUCUUAUUGCCAAUGUCAAUCACUCUGAUCUAGGAUUUCUGGAAAAAAGUACAUUGGUACUUAUGCAUUAAAACCGGGUUGGGGAGAAUUUCUACACUUAACUCGAAAGUCAUUCAGAGUGUGAUAGUAAGAGAUUUCAUUAUUUAACAGAUUGAGAUGAAGUUAUACUGGAGAGAAGCAGAAUUCAGUUUAAUUGUGUAAAUAUCAAGAGAGUUGUUUAAUAGGGGAUGGGAAAACUUGGGUUGACAUAAAACUGUAAACAUAACUGGCUCGUUAGCAAAGCUUGUUUGGUUUUUCUGUAAAUGCUGUUGACAACCAAUAUUAAAUACUCAUUUGCUUCAAUGCAAAGAGAAAAAUAGACUUGAUUUAUUAAUUUAUUACCUUUGGAACUUUUGGACAGAUCAUGAUUCUGUCAUAAACAAGUAAAUCUCUUUUUAUGCCCAGGCAGG